GCUUGACUGGCGUCUGUUAUCGCGUUCUUCUUUGUCGUUGCUGUACUUGUAGGUGAUUGCCGUCCGCUUCAAUAACAACAACCGCCGCUGAACAAGCGUGGCUUACCUCAAAGGUCAGCCGAUUUCUCUCUGUUUCUCUCUGGAUUGUCUUGACACGUAACAAAUAAGAAACACCAUGGAGGAAGAGGAGCACUUUGUGAACAUAGACCUGAAUGAUGACAACAUCUGCAGCAUCUGUAAACUAGAGACGGACACAGGAACGCUUUCCUUUUGCCAUGUGUGCUUUGAACUGAGCAUAGAGGGUGUAUCCAGUGCCACCCUGCUGCACUCCAAAUCUCUACGUGGGCAUAGAGACUGCUUUGAAAAGUACCAUCUCAUCGCCAACCAGAAGCUCUCCCGCGCCAAGGCCUCCCACAGCACGUAUGAGGGCGUGAAGCGGGCUCUGAGCCAGCAAAUCAACCGCAUCGUACAAUACGCCCAGAACAGAGACUCCGUAACCGCUGAGACACCUGGGCGCUGGGAGCCCAAACAGAUUCUGUGUCACACUCAGCAGGGCGGCAGGAAGCUCGUGCCUCAAUCCGAUGCCCAAGUUCCCCGUUACGCCCCACGAUGGGCAGAGGAGGCGUCGAUGGUGGAGUCCGAGUAUGGGAAAACCAUGCUGGACUGCCAUUCUGCAGAGGAGCUGGGUCUCGGCCUGCUGCAGGGCUCACGCCAGGGACUGUGGGCUGGAGAGAGACACCACCCACAAGAACAGCAGAACCGAGAGCAGAGGAGACACACGGGACACAGGCGAGAAGAGCUGGUGAGGAUGAGUGUGGAGGAGCUUCAUCAGCUGAACGAGCAGCUAUUGCUACAGAUACAAAAUGUGUUUGAGGAGCUGUCUGUAGCUGUGCAGGAGAAGGACUCUCUUUCAUCAGAGCUUCAUGUACGGCACAUAGCCAUCGAGCAGCUCUUCAAAAACUGCGCCAAGCUGCCGUGGCUCCAGAUCGGGCGGGCUGGGGUCAAAGCUGGCAACAACCCGGUGGAAUGAGUGCUUCUCUGGGACAACAGAGUCCCUCAAAGACCAAACAGAAGAUCGCAGCUCCAAGCAGACUCUCACGGAGGCUCGAAGUUCAAACGGACCGGAAACGCACAACACUGUGCUAAUGAGUUUAAAGUCACCUCGCUCUAAAAGGUGGCAUCUGAAUUCUCAGCAAAAGUACUGGACUCUGGAUGUGUCCAAAGUGUUUCUAUGCAGAAUGAGGUGUUUUUAAGACUUUACAAAGACUUUUGAAUUUUUUUUUUCUUUUGUUGUUUCCAUUCAUAUAUGCUCAUCUUCAUAUUUGCUGUUUACUCUCUACACUUGAUAAUUUGGGGUGCAUAAUAGACUUGGAUGAUGCUUUAGUGGAAGUUUACAUGUCUUGUUAUUUCACUCUUAAAACUGUGUUCUGACGUUUCAUAGGUGCUUUUUCCACCACAACAUUUCACGGGUUAUGAUUUAAGAAAAUAGCAGUUUGGACAUUAAAGUUUCACAAAUGCACAAAUGUUAAGCACAGGCCUAACUUUGAUUUAGGCUUAACUCUGUGCUGGGAUUAAUAUCGGAGAGAUAGAAAUGCUCAACCAAAGCCUUUGUUACCACAUGGUAACUAUUUCAGUAUUUAUUUUUUUAGGACAAUUAUUUGCUUGUUACAAAUAUUUAAAACCUUUGGUUUUAAUUUCUGUAGUGUUUAGAGGUUGUUUUCUUGUGCUAUUAUAGUAUUUAGGGUCCAUGCAUAAACUGAAAGAAUAGUCAGGGCAAAGUGGGAAUUUACCCAGCUGUCUUGAUUUCAGAUUAGACUGUGGUGCCACCUGGUGGUCACUCAGAGAAUCCUCUCCACUUACUGCCCUGAUGUGUGUGCAUGGUUAAGUCUGUUUUUACAAUCUUAAAAAAAAAAAAAGCAAACUUUAACAUUGUUUUAAGAAAUCAACUCGUUAUUUUGAAUAAUCUGUUCUCUUUAUAAGAGAUUCAACUGACCCCUCUGGGGUUUCUAAGGAUAUUUUAUUUUGUAUGAAUGUAUUGUCAUUUUGGUUUUGCUCUGAGAGGUCACAUCAGCAAACUAUCGCUGUGAGUAGUGAUAGAUAAAUUGUCAAAAAGAAGCAAUAUGUGUCAGAAGUGCUGUUUGCUUUUUUUGUAUAAAUGUUUUGACGUCUACAUCUUUUUUUUUUUUAAGGUUCACUCUGUGAUUUGGCAUACAGGAUGUUGUUACUGAAAUAAUGAAGCACACUGCCCAAAUGUUUGUUUGCUGUGGAAACACUGAAUGAACUUCAUGAGUUGUAUGAGUUUCAUGUUUGUCUCGAGUGUGUUGCAGAUGUAGGCCAUGUGUUUAAAUGUUAACUUGAUUAUGUUAGUGAUAUUGAAGUAUUUUUCUCUUAUGUUUAUACAAGGCUUGUGUUAUUACCCGCCCCCCAUUUCUUAUAAGAUUAGUUUGAUUCCGUUCUCUCCAGUUGCCUGUGUUAUGUGACAUUCAAGUGGUUUAUGCAAUACUGUUUGUUAGUAAAUCUUCGCAUCAGUUUAGAAGAUUUCUGAGUGCUUUUGUUUUAAGUGAUGUGCACAUUUUCUUUUAGGGAAUGAAUUAAUAAAAAUAUUUUUCCUAAAAAA